GCACUAUUUGAUGACUUUUGACCUCUGGAUAAAAACAAGCUGAUCAGCUGAUGUAAAAGCAACAACAUCUACAAGGGUCUGUCACAAUAUUUCCCAGCCAGCUAACUUUCUCCGUCGCUAUAUGUGGCAGUCGGCGGCGCCGUGUGAGACAGUGUCCGGUUUCAGAGCGUGUCGGGGCAGCGUCUUGGUUCACGGCUCUCCUUCGGACUGGUAGCAGCUGCUAGUCUGCCAGGAGAGCUAUGCCUGUGGGGGUUCAGAUGAGGCUGCGUUUGAAUGCGAUGAAUGCGGCAGCCUGCAGUGCGCUCGCUGCGAACUGGAGCUGCAUCGCCAGGAUCGGAUGAGGAAUCAUGAUCGGGUUCGGAUCGCGCCAGGCCACGUUCCCUUCUGCGACUCCUGUAAAGGUGACAGCAGCUGCUCUGGGAGGCUCAGAGCGGUGGUGCGCUGCCAGGGCUGUAAGAUCAACCUGUGUUUGGAUUGCCAAAAACGAACCCACAGUGGAGUCAACAAGAGGAAGCACCCUCUGACACCUUAUCCUCCUGCCAAAGCUGCUCAGGAGAACAGCGUGUCUUCUGGGGAGUCAGAGAUGGAGAUCCUCAAAGCCAAGCUGGAGAAGGUUUGCAGCUUCCUGCUGGUGGAUGAGAAGGAGGAGAUGCAGGUGAAGGAUGAGGAAGACUUUGUUAACAGACUCGGCUGCAGACCAGAUGAGCUCCUCAAGGUGGUUUCUAUCUUUGGGAAUACUGGGGAGGGCAAAUCCCACACCCUGAACCACACCUUCUUUCUUGGGAGAGAAGUUUUCAAGACCUCUCCCACCCAAGAAUCCUGCACUGUGGGUGUCUGGGCAGCUAUGGACCCUCUGCACUGGGUCGUAGUCAUCGACACAGAGGGACUUCUCGGGGCUGGAGCUAAUCAGGGUCAGCGAACUCGACUCCUCCUCAAGGUUCUGGCCAUUUCCGAUGUGGUUAUCUACCGAACGCAUGCUGACCGUCUUCACGACGAUCUCUUCAAGUUCCUUGGCGAUGCGUCAGACGCCUACUUGAAACAUUUCACUCGGGAAUUGAAGGCGACAACGACUCGCUGUGGUCUGGAUGUUCCUCUGUCCACACUGGGCCCUGCUGUCAUCAUCUUCCACGAGACUGUCCACACCAAGCUGCUUGGAUCAGACAAACCCUCUGAAUCGGCCGAGCGCCUCCUCCAGGAACGUUUCAGGAAGCUGGGUCUGUUCCCAGAAGCAUUCAGCUCCAUCCAGUACCGCGGGACUCGCACCUACAACCCUCCGACGGACUUCAGCGGUUUGCUUCGCACCCUGGAGCAGCAGCUGGACAACAACACCACCCGCUCUCCACGUUCGGCCAGCGUCAUCUACAAAGCUCUGCAGGCCCUGAGUGAACGCUUCAGUGGGGAGAUAUCAGACGAACACAUGACCAGUAAUUUUUUUCCAGACGAGUACUUCACCUGCUCCAGCAUCUGCCUCAGCUGUGGGUCAGGCUGUAAAAGAAGCAUGAAUCACCUAAAAGAAGGACUUGAUCAUGAAGCCAAACAUCGCUGCCGCUACUCCGCACAAUACGACAACCGCAUCUACACCUGCAAGGCCUGUUAUGAGGGAGGAAAGGAGGUCAUAGUGGUUCCCAAAACGACGGCCUCGUCUGACUCACCGUGGUUUGGUUUGGCCAUUUACGCCUGGUCUGGGUAUGUAAUUGAGUGUCCCAACUGUGCAGUGAUCUACAGAAGCAGGCAGUACUGGUAUGGAAACCAGGACCCAGUGGAAACAGUGGUCAGGACAGAGAUCCAGCACAUCUGGCCCGGGUCGGACGGUUUCUUGAAAGACAACAACAAUGCUGCUCAGAGGUUGCUGGACGGAGUCAAAUACAUUUCUCAGUCUGUGUCCGAACUCAGCGUCAAACCUGCCAAAGCAGUUACCUCCUGGCUCACAGAUCAGAUCGCCCCCGCCUACUGGAAACCCAACUCCCUCAUCCUGAAAUGCUAUAAAUGUGCAGAGGAGUUCCAGCCUAAUGACACUAAGCACCACUGCCGAGCCUGUGGAGAAGGUUUCUGCGACGCCUGCUCCUCUAAAACGCGACCGGUCCCAGAGAGGGGCUGGGGCCUGGCCCCCGUCAGAGUCUGCGAUGCUUGUUUCCACAACAGGGGAAUCCCAACUGAGCUGCUGGAUGCUGCCUUGGAGGAGGAGGGAGGGACGCUGAUCGCCAGGAAGGUCGGAGAGGCCGUUCAGAACACUUUAGGAGCUGUGGUUGGUGCUAUCGACAUACCUCUUGGCCUGGUGAAGGACGCUGCUCGCCCGGCCUACUGGGUCCCAGACCAGGACAUCCACUCUUGCUGCGAGUGCCAAAGGGAGUUCACCGCCCGUCUCUCCAUCCACCACUGCCGGGCCUGCGGUCAGGGCGUCUGUGACGACUGCUCUCAGGAGCGACGCCCAGUUCCGUCCCGCGGCUGGGACCACCCGGUCAGGAUCUGCAACGGCUGCAGCCAGAAACCCGGAGAGCUCUAGCAGGACCAGAAACUGAAGCUGGAACACUGCGGAAAUUGGAAGUGACAGCAUUUGGAGUCUGGCUGAAAAGGCUUAACUUGGGGUUUUCUGGCUAGUUGGACUCGUCUUUUUUUAUUUGUCUCACAUCACUUCAGUCCCUUCUCGAUCUUAUUUCACUUUAACAUGCCUAUAAUUUUACACUGUGAAGAGUCAGACUUAAAUAUCAAAAAGACAAAACAACUCAGUGAUCAUGAAGUGAGUAUUUUUCAUGCUUGAUCAUGACUGAUUUCAGGUGAACAUCCAUGUGGCUCUUUAGAUCUGUUCAGAGUUCUAUUACUGCACAUGAAUCCCUUUGACAAUCCCUCCCAGUGUGACCUACUAAUGUUAUUAGCACCUUUUGUCUGGCACAACAUAAACAUGCUAACUGAUUUUAUACUGAUAUCAGAUUGUAUGUUGAUUCCUGCAUGAGUCCAGGGUAUGAAAUCCAGGUCUGGCUUUAGAGAGAAAGCUGGAAAACCCUCAAAAAUGAUCCACCACUUUUAGUUUUGACCCAUGUUUGAAUGCCUUUACAGUAGUUUUUCUGCUAGCGUUAGCAUUUCUGCCACCUUUUGGCUUCACAAGGUUUAUGUUAGAACAAUGAGAAGCCAACAGUGUACUGUAGCAUCCAGAUGCAUUCCAACUUCUAUAUAAUUACAUAGUAAUUACUACUUAAUUUACCCGUUAAACCUUUGUGGUUGUUCAUGAACUUGAACGGGACGAUGAUAAAAGAGCAGCCUUAAUAAUGCUGUUAAAUUUUACAUAGAAUAUACAGGAACAUAUAUGGGAAAAAGUUUACUUUAAUAGGAAAAUCUUUAAAUUUUGUCGCUAAAUGUCAAAACUACUAUCUGUAACAGGACAGGUGUGACUGCAGCGGGGUUAAGUGAUACUGCUUUUAUAGAGUUACUGGCUCACAGUAGCAUAACGGUACAGAAAAGUCUUUAUCUUUGAGGCUGGCCCCUCAAAACAGGACAACUCAGGCUGUGCAGCUGGUCAACUCGGAGCUUUCAAAAGAGAUGCAGCCAUGUUUGCUUGCAUUUUACAGACAAUAUGACACAUGAUGCCGACGUGCUUUUGUGGCAUCUGACGGAUUUUUUUUUUUUCUUUUUCCACUGACUGACCGGGAGAGUUGGUUUGAUGUCCUCAAAUAAGCUGGAACAACUGACUUUGACCUGAAUCAGAAGGAGAUGAUCAUUGAAUAUAGAUAUCACAUGGAACCAAUCAAUACCUUGUGUUCAUGUAUGCUCAUAUUAUUAAACUGCAGAAACUCAA